AGGCGCGCAACCGGCGCGGCCAGAACGAGAAGUUGUUGUGGUGCCGGGGCUGCACCCACAAAGGUACUCUUCAGCAAACAAAUGUUCCGGUAAUACAGUAUUUACAGUUUUAGUGUUCGGAAGAAUAAAUGAAGCUUUGCCAGUUGGUGUUUUAAAUGUUCACCCGUCGUGUGCAAACUUGAACGAAUCUGCGCCACCAGCGAACUGGCUGUGCUCUCGUUGCAAGACUUGCAGCAUUUGUUCUGGGACUUCAGAAUCUGGGGGCAUGGUGGUGUGCUGUGGUUGCGACGAGGGAUUCCACUUGAGCUGCCAUUCGCCGCCGCUGCCAGAACAGGUCACCAUCGCCAAGUGGUUUUGUUCCGGCUGCUCAACCGCCUUCUUCAAGCAGAAGACUGAAGCAGACGUGCCGGAGACCUGCGCCUUGGACACGGUGAAGGCCAAGAUCGGCAGCGAGGGAAAGCUGGACGAUGACGAGAUAGACGACAGCGUGCCGGACGCGUCGUGCUGGAGCGUGGACCAGGUGUACCGCUACCUGUCAGACCAGGGCUUCCCCGAGGAGGCUGCCAUUCUGCGGCACCACGGAAUCGAUGGACCUUCGUUGCUGCUCAUGAAGAGAGAUGACGUAUUGAUCGAGCUGUCGUUAAAACUUGGCCCGGCAUUGAAGCUCUACAAGCAGGUCAAGAAGUUGCAAAUCAGACGAAGCGAAGAGUACUUUUUCUGGCCAUAGUUUUACAUUUGAAAAAAAAAAAAAAAAAAAAAACAACUAAGAUAGUCAUGUUAAUGCCACAGAGACAUUAUUUAAACAUAUGAGCAAAGCUGUGCUUAUUGUCAACCCAAUGAAGGCAGUGAACAUUAAGUCCAGAUGCAAAUGUGAAGUGCCACAUUGUGGUGGUAUUUUACGAGCCUAAAUCAGGCGGUGAACUGUAAUUGUGUAAAUAGCUUUCAGAGUGUAAAUAGCAUACAUUAUUUUUAUAAUAAAAAUGAAUUGCUGUCCA